AUGGACAUCACCACCCCCAACAACAUCAACAACAGAUAUCAUCAUUUUGAGCAAUCACAUUCACACACAAGUGUGGGGAUAAAAAAUGAUGAAGUUAAAAAUGGUCUGUACAUGACCAUAGUUGCAUUAAUAGCAACAGAAACCUAUCAGGCUGUGAUCACCCCACCAGGUGGACUAUGGCAGGAUGAUAGUGCUCUGCAUCGGGCAGGAAAAUCUAUAAUGGGUUCCCACCAUCCAGGAGAAUUUGUUAUCUUUGUUAUUGGCAACAGCAUCUGCUUUUAUUCUAGCUUGUUGUCCAUGAUUUACAUAUUAUUGGAGUCCUCCAAGAAUUACGCAAUACUGGCUUCCCUAUAUGCCUUGUCAUUUACAUAUGGCUUUAACGUGGCUGCCAUACAACCUGACGCCGUGAGAGCUAGAUGGGGAAAAUUUAUCUCCUUCUUCUUCUUUGUAUUGACCAUUUUGGGACCUUUUCUUUAUAGUAAGUUGUGGAGUGCAAGCAGCAGGACACACCAGCAAUCUGACCAAUAA